AUGGCGCCUCCCAGGAUUCUGGAAGGAGAAAGUCCUGAGCUGUUUAAGCGUUCCGCUAAACGAGAGUAUCCAGAUGUAGAUGAGGCUACAGCUGAGAGCAGAUACCUCAGAAAGACCCGUACGGAGGGAGUCUUCUUCACUGAUGAAUUCGGGAAAAGAUGUAUUUGGGGCCCAGGUAAGUUUUGUCAAGUAUUCAUUCUUAGCUUUGCUUAGUCCUCAUGAAUACAGAUGUCCAUAACCCUCGUCACCUAUACUGUGGUGAGCCUCAACCAGCGGCGUACAAGUACAACAAGUUUGCGACAACUGUAAUGUUGAAUCGUAUCGCUCACAUAUGCUACAAACCAGUUCCCCUGAGUUACAUUGAUAGACCGGCACCCAAAGGCUUUCGAUUCUUGACGGGACAUCGAAGCGAGCGUGGAUGGACAUUGCCUCGAAGUCAUAAGAGAAACUUCUUCCAGUUUCCUCCAGGUAAGUCUUUCUACAAGCCCUUUGCAAGCCCCAAAGGCUUCUCUAUAGGGCUUACUAACUACUCUUUAGAGAUCCGAGCCCGCAUCUUCGAGUUCGUUUUGACGGCUCCAAGCAAGAAAUCCGCAAUCUGUCCACAAAUUGUCCGAGGGAGCUGGAAGGCCAAGGAAAUGGUCACCUACGAAGACACAUACAUUAUGAUCGAUAAUGGCGACCAAUAUGAACCCAGCCCAGAUUACGCCCACGUCAACAGACGAGAUAAAGACGGCCCAUUUAUUGAAAAGCGCUUGAUCACUCGUCCUCUCAUCGACGCCACCUGCCUUCGAACAUGCAAAAGAUUCUAUCAAGAGGGAUGUCCAAUCCUCUAUGGUAAGAACACAUUCGGUUUUGGAAUGGCCAGCAGCCACAGCUGGGAAGCUACCCCACAGAUUCUGCCGGGUGGCAAUAGGCUUCAUCAUCCUAAUCCGCAUAAGCCAGGACCUGAAGAAUGGCACGCUGAGAUCAAGGAGGCGAUCGUCCAAGUAGAGCAGAGACGUCCUGUGUUUAUGCUCUCAGGCUGGGUAUACUACGAUCCUUUCAUCAGAUUUCUCCACAAGAUUGGACCUCGCAACGCGCCAUCACUUCGGCACCUCCGCUUCAAUGGGACUAUAAAGAUUCAUACCUGUAAAUACCCUUGGGCCACCGACGAAGUACAUCUGGAUUGCCGCCACGACUUAUACCGCAGCAUGCGACUUUACACGUACUUCAUCAAUAAGUUCUGUCCUUCCGUGGAUGUAUUGAGCAUUGUCUUAAGACCUGAUGAGUUCGUCAAGGACGGUUUCAUUGUUAGCGAGGACCCGAAUAACCCAAAUCUUCAGAAUCCAAAUAACCUUCCUGUUAUACCACCUUGGCGAGUUACCUCAAUGCAAGAUGAGAUGACGAAGCUCCUAGAGAAAUCACUUUGGCAUAUCAACAGCCUUCGAAAGAUCGAGGUGCUGCAAUGGGAGUGGAAUAUCGGUGAUAGGGAAUGGGAUAUCGUUCCGCUUCGCUUUGAUGAGCCGGUCGUGGAGCAAACUCUAGAGAAGGUUAAGAAGCGCCGCGAGGAACAGCUCGAGCGGAAGAUCCAGCUUCGGACAAAGAUCAAUACCAAGAGUAAGAAGGUUCAGUGCGGGUUUUGUGGAGAAGACAAUCAUGUUUGGGGUGAUUGCUUCAAUCUUUGUGCUCUUUGUGGCGAGUAUGGACAUUUUAGAGAUACUUGCACAAAUUGGUCUAAAAUACGAUCCCAAUGGGCUCAGAAUUCACGAUCAAGUAAUUGA